AUGGCCGGAUCAAGGAGAGGGUCACUUCGCAUCGGCGUUGUCAAAUCACGGCUCGGCAUCGUAUUUGGCAGCCUUCUUCGGCACCGGGUUCCACUGGCACUCGACAAUGCAGACAGCUUCAUCGUUACGGGACUGGAAUCGGGUUCUGAAAGCACCUAUCGCUGCAUUCAGAACGAGCUCGGAGUGGAUGACCACAUCGAUGAUGCGGGUUCUUCCCUUGUGGCUCGCGUGGAGGUGGACUGUGGACGAUACUUUCUGUGGUCCGAUGGGCCUCUCCCCGGAUUCCUGUGUGGAGUGGUGCCUGACUGGGGUGUACUUGUACGUGAGCACAGAAACACCUUCAAGCCGCCUGAUCCUUCGUCCUCUACGCCACCUAAUUAUCUACAAUACAUUCGCAAUCCGAAUAAUACUUUGGCGCAAUGCCGUGCCAAGGGCCGUGUCGGCUGGGAUCAGCCCGGCUUCGGGAUGCAUCCACAAACCACGGCGUCGGCUUCGUGCGAAUGCACUGACCUUAGCUCCGAGACUUCGCGAGGGCCUAGGAAGCUUGUUUCCGGUUUUUAG